AUGCCACCAUUCCAAUAUCCUCCAUUACUCCCCUUGGAGCUGCGGCUUCUGGUCCUGCACUCCGGUUUGUCACAAGAUCCCCUCACUGGGACCCUCUUACAGAGGAGAUUGUCGCCCGAAGACGAGGAUGUCCCAGAUUACGAAGCCCUAUCUUACUUCUGGGGCGAUCAGUCUCAUCCUCAACCCAUCAAACUCAAGACAAAAUGGCGAAAACCUAAAGAACACGCACAUCCAGCGCCAGAGCCGGACGGCUCCAGCUACCGGAAGUUCAUCCUUUCAGCCUUUGGUAUUCUUCACUCUGGGUAUCUUGAUAUUGGACCUAAUCUGGCCUCCGCUUUGCGGGCACUACGAUACCCCGACCGUAAGCGGCUACUGUGGUGCGACUCCAUCUGCAUCAAUCAAAAGGACGUCGCAGAGCGCUCUGCUCAGGUUCAGCGCAUGGCAGAUGUAUAUCAAUCUGCCCGAAGAGUCAUUGUAUGGCUAGGUCCUGCAGCGCCCUGGAGCUCUACAGCCAUAGAGACUCUACGUUGGGUGAGAAGCCAACUCUCGCCUUUAGCCAUAGAUCUUACCUCGUAUAGAGAAAUCUUUGCCCCAACAAAGAACGCAAGCCGGCAGGAGAUCGAUUACGGUGAGCAUCUUCCGCUUACCCAGGACCAGUGGCUUGCAUUCGAGCAGCUGCUGGACUUGAACUGGUUCCGGCGGCUUUGGACUCAUCAGGAAAUAGCCUUGGCAAAUCAAGAGACAUCGAUUGUGAGGUUGGGCAACGAUGAGAUACUGUGGACCAGGUUUAUUGAAGCGGCCAUGUUCAUAUGUUUCAACAAAGGAUCAGUAUCACAACCGUGCUUUGUUGAUCUGGCCAGGCAUAGAGCAAAUAUCAAGGUUUUUUGUGCCAACGCUUCGAGUUGUAGGUUUGCUCAGCAGUUGGGAAGGGACUGCAAUGACUGGGUUUCUCUAUUAUUUUUGACGAGGUUAUAUGAAUGCUCUGAUAUUCGGGAUAAACUCUAUGCGCUUCGAGGGUUUCUCGAGCCUGAGACUGCCCAAUCGAUCCGUGUAGACUACACAAAGUCUGCCAGGCAAAUCAUGGCUUCAGCUUCUAUCACUUACAUGAAGCAGAGACGAAAUCUCCAGUUCCUGGAGCUCUGUAACUCGAUGAUAUCUCCCAGCUGGGCGGUGGACCUACAGAAGCCGCUGUGCCUCAUGCAGCUCUUGAGCAACGCAGGUGCAAGAUCCGCCGCAUCAGCGAGAUAUAUAAAGCCUGGAGUGUUGGAGGUUGCGGGCGUUUCUUGUGAUGGAAUCUGCAACAGUGUAAUGGAUAUGCCCCCGAGAGCAAAGUUUGAAGCAGUAGAGGACUAUGUCGCCAAUGUCCUCAAGGUGUUUCGAGAUAUCACAGGGAAUGAGGAUUUUCAUCAAGACGAUAAAUGCCUCGACGAGUUGAUAAACCUGAUGACGUUUGGUAAGCUCUGGGAGCACAGUACAGCAAGAACUGAAGGUCCUCCCUCUUGGAGCAGAAUAUCUCUGGAGAUUGGACGGUGGAUGAUACGUCAGUGGAUUACAGGCCGCGCCAUCGCGGACGAUUAUCACAACAUUCCAUAUGGUCAUAACAAUGAGACGGUAACCGCUUGCACAAGGACGCGCCGUGGGACCCUCGCGUGCGUCCCUCCAAGCAGCUGCGACGGAGACAUAAUAGUAACUCUUCUCGGCCUGUCCAGCAACUUGGUUCUCCGUCCUCAGCCUGAAGAUGGUUUCUACAAGGUCGUUGGACCAUGCUAUCACCCGGGGUUUUCUGACGGCCAAGCCUUACUAGGGGAUGACUUCCGCGGCUGGGAGAAAUUGUGGUCUGUCGACACACAGUAUUAUGCGUUUUGGAGAGAGGGCGAGCCUCUCCGUUUCUCAGAUCCACGACUUGAAGGGGUUCCAUUGCCCAUUGGGUAUAAGGAGUUUGCAGCUGAGAUGGGUGGGGAAUCCGUUCCUUUUUGGAACCUCAAGAUGGUUGUCGGCGGCUGGGAAAACGCGGUGCGUAGAGCCGCAGAUCGCGGGCUGCAGACACUCAAGGUCAAUUGGCAUCUCGGCUUCACUGCAUUCGGCGGACCGCCCGUGCACUUCAAGAUCUUUCACGACAAGUUUGUUACGAAAUUGCAAUGGAUCGAUGAGCAGAUUUUCCAGGAGCUCUUCAGCGUCUCACAGGCGCUCUCUGGCCCUGCCAGUACGAAAAUGCUUUACUGUAUCAAUUUGAUCCAUGGUGGACUGUUCGAAGCUAUUCUGGCAUUUUUCAUUUGGAGUUUACCCGGUUUUCUAGGCAUGUUUGGACUUUCCUUUGGUGUAUCCAACAUCGGAGAUACCCUACCUCGCGCGGUAUACGCCCUUCUUUCGGGUUUAAAUGCAGCGACUGUUGGUAUCAUCGCCCUAGCAGCCGUCGAACUCUCCGACAAGGCUAUCACAGAUCAGGCUACGAGGCUUGUUCUCUCAAUCACUGCCAUGGCUGGAAUACUGUACAACGCCCUCUGGUAUUUCCCGGUUCUCAUUGUUGCGGGUGGAUGCUGUACUAUUGUGUAUGAUUUCCGCUGGCUGCAUCGUCCGGUCCGCGCUGUGAAGAAUGGUCUUCUAAGGAUGAGGAGGGGAAGAGUUACGGAGAGUGAGAAUAUUCAAGGCGCUGAAAAUGGAACGGACGGCAAUGCCAAUGACUCGAGAGUUGCCCUUGCUGAGGCAGCUGAGUCUGCCCCCCGAGAGGAUGAACCACGUGUCGUUCCGCAGGAAUAUCGCCUCAACUUCUCAUGGAAGUCCGGAACAGCCAUCAUCGCCGUCUUCCUCCUCUCAUUCAUCGUCGUUCUCGUCCUACGCGGAACGCUCCCGACUACUCCUCUGCUCUACAAACUUUUCGCCAACCUCUAUCUAGCUGGAACGAUCAUCUUUGGCGGGGGUCCCGUGGUAAUUCCUCUUCUUCGAGAGUACGUCGUUGCCGAGGGAUGGGUUUCACCGCGUGAUUUCCUGAUCGGUCUCGCUAUUGUGCAGGCGUUCCCAGGGCCAAACUUUAACUUUGCUGUGUUCCUUGGUGGUCUUACAGCUGCGAACAAUGGAUAUCCUGCUAUUGCAGGAGCGCUAAUUGCUUACCUCGGUAUCUUUGUCCCAGGCAUGGUUCUCGUCCAUGGAACAAUGGGUGUAUGGGGAGUUCUGAGGAGUCGUCGCUGGGUCAAGUCUGCUGUGCGAGGAAUUAAUGCUGGUGCUGUUGGAUUGAUCUACACGGCUGUCUAUAGGAUUUGGCAGGUUGGAUAUAUAGAUCAGGGCUUCCAGUCUGGAAAGAGUUUGGCUGAUGAUCCUUGGUGGGUUGUUGUCACUGCAACGGCUUUUGUGGGAGGACGUUAUUUUGGUGUCGCACCGCCGUUGGCGAUUCUGCUUGGUGCUUCGUUGGGGCUGCUGAGGUAUGGCAUUGUUGAAGCAUGA